GGAAAUGUUUCCCUCCGGUUUUUUUUACAAACACCUAAACGAGAUUUCAAUUGAAGCAAGAGGAAAAGAUAAACAGCAGCACGCUUAACGGAUGUUAUUAAUGACCAGAUUUUUGGUCAGACAAAGGUUAUUUAAAACUGUACUUGACCAAUAAAUGUUUUUAAAGCUUUAUAUUCCGGUCUUGCGAGAAAGAUGAUGAAGCUUGCCCGCCUUCUCUGAAGAUAGGGUUACAUAAAAAGUUAAAUAACUGUGUUCGCUAUUAACGAACCUGGUGCCUGUUUGCAGCAUGUUUGGUAGGCAGCAGGGCGGAGCAUUUCAGGCUCCUAGCAGUACCAACAGCAGUGGAGGCAUUUUUCAGUCUUUUGGGCAGGGGGGUGCUGGUGGGGCACCACCGACUGUAGGAUAUGGGCAGACAUCUGCUUUCAACCAGCCAACGCUGUUUGGGCAGCAGUCUGCCUUUGGUCAGACUCCUUCCUUUGGCCAGACAUCUGCCGUGGGACAGGGGUCUCUGUUUGAUCAAAGCUCCAGGCUGGGGCAGUCUUCCAUCUUCUCCCUUUCGGGGGUUCAGGGCCAAAGUCAAGCAUUUGGACAGCCUUCACAGAGCAAUGCAGGGUUUGGAAUACUGCCAUCUUAUUCCCAGUCAACUGGAGCAGGCCAGACCUCAGCUUUUGGGCAGCCACCUCCCUAUGGGCAAACCACAGGACUUGGUCAGCAGUCUGGUCCAUCAGCUCAAGCUACCGUGUUUGGGCAGUCUUCGGGUUUUGCACAGUCAUCGGGGUUUAGCCAGGCUAUGAACAUCUCACAGGCCUCUACAGUUCCCACACCUUCAUCUGCAUUGGGGCAGACACCUGCAAUUUCCAGUUUUGGUCAGACUUCUGCCUUUGGGAUGCCCAGUGGAACUCUAAGUUCUUCUUCAGGCAGUCAGAGUGUCACCUUCACUUCACCUUCCUCCUCUUCAUCCUCUGGUGGACUGUUCGCUUCCACCUCCUCUUCUGUCUUCAAAACCGCUGACACAGGAAGCCGUGGGUUUGCAAACCCUCAAUUCACCUUCAAACCGUCGGACACCGCCGUCUUCAAGCCCAUCUUCAGUGGCAGCCCCGAACCAUCCAACCCCCAGGCUGGGCCGGCCCAAGGAUCCUUCAGCACUGUCCAGCCUGUCGCCAGUGUGGGGACUAGUAGUGGCACCAGUUCUGGUUUCUCCCUCCUGAGCGCCAGUUCCGGUGGUGCCUUGGAAUUUAGCUUCUCUCAGCCCACAGCAGCCUCCUCCAUCAGCAGUAAAAAUGUCAGCCUUCCGCAGACAGAGGGUCAUCCAAACACAACUAGCAGCAGCUUGGAAUUUACUUUCUCUCAGCCUGCAGCCCCUUCCAACAGCAUCACCACUGGUGGCGUAGGACUGUCCCAGGCGUCCGACAGCUCAAUCAGUGCCUCAGCCUUCAGCUUCUCAGAGAAAGUCCUUGAAGCUCCCGUUUCUGCUACACCCUUGUUUGGAGCUGCUGGAUUCGUGCAAGCCUCGGCCUUUGGCGACCAGAGAAAACCGGUAAAACCCGAAGCAGUCGCCAGAAGGGAUGAGAAAGACCCUGCCAAAGAGAUGCCGGGGGAUGCGGCUUUUGCCAGCAUAGGGAAAGGAACCAAAAGGAAAGAGGAGCAAGCUGAACAAAAAGGCCAAGGCAAAGCACUCAGGGUGGAUGGUUCCGGAAGUGGGAGUGAGAGCCCGUCGCGCUACGCCUGUAAAAAGCCUUUGCGGUCUCGUGGUCCUGGGGGUGGACUCUUCCGCAGUGCCCUCAGUGGUGUGUUGAAAUCCACAGUCCAGCCUGUCAAGAAAGAGAUCCCGAGGGAAGAAGAGCCGCAGCCAGGCAAGGCAGAAAUAGAGAGGCCUGACACGCAACCGCAAGAUACCCACCCCUCUUCCCGAGCCCCAGGGACACCACCCAGAGGAACCCCCAGAGAUGCCGAAGUAAACGAAAAGGCAAAGCCAGACGCGGGGAGCAAGACUCCAGCCCGGCGAACCCAGCGCAGAGAGAGCAGUGACGGCCUGGCAGGGCUUUCACCUACUGACGCCAUAUCUAUCCAGUGCAAGAACAUCCCCCCCCACCUCAACAAGAAGGAAAUCCUCGAAAAGCACUUCGGCCGCUUUGGCAAAGUGCUGAAGGUGUACUGCAGACCCAACAAGAGCCUGGCUACAGUGCACUUCCAUGAUCAUGCAUCAGCUGCCAAAGCCAAGAAGAAGGGGAAGUCUCUUAACAGGGAAGAAAUUGCAAUCUUUUGGAAUAGAAAAAAGCCAAGCCCUGGAGAGAAAGCGGAGAUAUCCAUGAUAGGAGAUGAAGCCCCAAGAGAGACAGAGUCCAGACACAGUGCUUUCCAGGCCUCUCCCCUCCGUAAGCCUCUCUCUAGAUCUCCUAUCGUCAGCGGCGGCUCCCUCACCAAAGGGUCUCCGGUCAAGAAGUCUUUGAUUGCCAAGACGUUGCAGUUUGAUACAGAGUCCCAACACGAUUCGGGCUCGGAGGGACAAAGUUCCGACCACCUGUCCAGCACUCUGCCUUCCUCCCUCAGCCAUCUGAUCGGUCAGGUGGCAGAGACGUCAGAGGAGAAGUACAGGCUGUUGGAGCAGAGGGAUAAAAUUUUGCGACAAGGCAGGACAAAGAGGACAGAGCUGGACUUGUCCAAGGUGUUUGUGGGCACAUGUCCAGACAUGUGUCCCGAGAAAGAGCGUUACAUGAGGGAGACCCGCAACCAGCUCAGUUCUUUUGAGAUCAUUCCUGGAACAGAGUGGGUAGACCCCACGGCGGCCAUUAAGGAGUACAGCAGGUCCUCAGCUGACCAGGAAGAACCUCUUCCCCAUGAGCUUCGGCCCUUACCUGUUCUUAGCAUGACUAUGGACUACCUGGUCACUCAGAUCAUGGACAAAGGGGAGGGAAACUACCGUGACUGGUAUGACUUUGUGUGGAACAGGACACGUGGGAUACGCAAGGACAUCACCCAGCAGCACUUGUGUGAUCCUCUCACGGUGGCCCUGAUUGAGAAGUGCACUCGAUUCCACAUCCACUGUGCACACCACCUGUGUGAGGAGCCCAUGAUGACCUUUGAUGCCAAGAUCAACAACGAGAACAUGACCAAAUGUCUGCAGAGCCUGAAGGAGAUGUACCAGGACCUGGCUAGCAGGAACGUGUACUGUCCCGGGGAGAAGGAGUUCCGCCAGUACAAUGUGCUGCUGAAACUGAACGAUGGCGACAUUCUAAGGGAAGUGCAGCAGUUCCGUCCAGAGAUCCGCAACUCCCUGGAGGUGAAGUUUGCGGUGCAGGUGUUUGCAGCUCUCAACAGUAACAACUUUGUCAGGUUCUUCAGGCUGGUUAGAGUGGCCUCCUACCUCAGCAGCUGCAUCUUACAUCGCUACUUCAACCAGAUGAGACGUGAUGCUCUGAAAGCCUUAAACAUCGCCUACACAGUGGGCUCCCAAAGGCCUACUACUUUCCCCAUUGAGGACCUGGUGCGGAUGCUCAUGUUCCGUGAUGCUGCAGAGGCCGGGGCCUUUAUCAUGCACUAUGGGCUGAACGUCAGUGAGGGGAUGGUGGAGCUGAGUCGCUCUGCCUUCCAGGAGCCGGUUGAUCCCGCGCCGAUAAAGAGGUCGGUGGACAUCAUGGCGAAGAGACCUCUGCUCAUUGGGGAGGUCAUUAAUGGAGGCCCCUUGCCCAGCCCAGCUCGGCACACCCCACUCUGCAGCUUUGAUUCCAGGAGCAGAUACAGGGGCGACGGGCUCAUGAUGGAGCCAGCUCCCACUCUUCACAAGGGCGGCCCUCUGGGUGCGGCGGUUCCAGCUGAACCAAUGAAACAAGACCUGAAGCCUUUAAUGGAGCUCAGACCCUUGAUGGACCUGGACGUAAAGUCUCUAAUGAAACCCAAGCUCCAGGGCGAGUCCAGAUUUUUUGAAGAACCCAAAGCUGUAAUGGAAAUGAAGCCAAAGGAGGCGGAACGGGUCGGGUCUGCUUCUGUCCUUGGAGCUGAGCCACUGUUUCAACAGAUUGUACAGCCAGAACCCACCCGGCCCCCAUCUCCCCCUCCCAAGCCACAGCCUGUGUACACAGAUCAGGAUAUUAUGGAAGAAGUUCAGUCUCUGGUUGAGGAUGUUUUGAAAGCCGAGUGUAGAGAACUGGCCAAAGCAGGGGCUGACUAUAUGUCUGCGGCACUGAGCGUCUCUGACGGUCAAGUGGGAGCUGUGGUGAAUGAAGUGGUGGAGCAGAUGCUGAAGGAGGUGUGCAUCGGCGAAAUCACAUCCGAGAAGGAGAGAAUUGCAGAAGAAAAGCGCAGGAUUGAAGAAGCCAGACGAAAGCAGGAACAUGAGAUGUUGAUUGCCCAAAUAAGCAAAGCCCUGUGCGAGGAGAUUGCAAAGGAGGUCCUGAAAGAGUGCAUUGAAGCCACUGCUGCUUGUGAGAUUAAGCAAGCUUUGGAGGAGAAAGCUGCUUGUGUUGCUCGCUGCUCUGAGGAUGCAUGUAAUACUCUAAUAGAGGAGACACUGGAGAGUGAAAUUUCCAAACUUGCCAAUGACAUCCUGACAGCGGAGGUGCAGCGCUUCCGCAAGUUUGUGAAAAGGUGGCGGGAUGUGGUGGCCGUGCGCAGGCAGCUGAAGAGGCAGAUGCGAGCGUUCCCUGCAGCGCCAUGCUGUGUGGACCCACGCUUCAAGCUGAAGGCUCUGGCGCCCAGUGCCCCUUCUCCCCCCAGCCUGGACCUUCUGGCCCGAAGUGUGGUCAACCUGGGGAAUGCUGGGAAUGUUGCUGUGUCCUGUACAAGAUUGUUGCAAAUGAGAAAUGCGGCACUCCAUCAGAUGAAGGUGCAUUAUUUUUAUCGGCAGUUACUGAGUGAAUCAGCAUGGACCCCACUAGACCUGCCUAGCUUGGUGGCAGAAAGCUUUCCAAGCCCUGCAAACAGAAUCUACUGGAAGGCAGCCCUCCUGUUGCCUAGCAACGAAGAGUGUGAAAUGAGUGUCACUAACAGUAUUUUAACAGAUUGGCUAAAAGCAAAGUUUGGUGGACGUGAAAACUCAGAAAACAUGGAGCAAAACCAAAAUGAUAAAAUACAGACUCUUUCCAUCUGUAAUGGGUUAAGAAACCAUGGAGACAAGUCUCAGAAUGUUCACAUAUGCAUUAAGGUAACUCAUGGACCUCUGAGCUUAGAGGGGAUGUCUCAGAUGGAGAGGCAGAAAGAUGUCCUGGGCACCAGUGCCCUGCUGUUGUUGUUGCCAUCCUUGCCUGGAUAUGGAGCCACCGAGGAGAAAGAGGAAUUGGACGUUUACCUGCUCUCUGCGCUGUUGCAGCUGAAACAGAUACAACAGGUCUAUUCCUGGCAGUCUGCACUGCCCCUAGUGGUGGUGGUGCCCAAGCACGCAGAGCAGCCAACCUGUGAAGAGAAGCUGGAGGAAGGUCUAAUGCUGCAGGCUUUGGUUGAAGAGAAUUUAAUUUCAGAAUAUAUAUUUGUUCAUGUCCCGCAUUCAACCAAUGAUUUACAAGGCUCUGAACAGAUCCACCAGGCAGUGAAGUGGCUAGUCUCCCGCUCUCCGGCAGCCCCUGACCUGAGCUCUCAGACACUGGUACAGUUUGUAGAGGAUGGCUUGUGUCGGGAAUUCAGCACAAGGUUUUACCAUGAUAAGACAGAGCGACAGGCUUCGGGACUGCCCUGCCAAGAGCCAGCCCCCAUUAUUGAAUUAUACAACAGUGUGCUGCGCUUCCUGGCAGGCCUGGUGUCCUCAGAACAGUUCUCCAGGCUAUCUUGGCCUGUGGCAGAAUUCUCUGUGCCACGCCCCCAGAACCUGCUUCCUCACCUGGAGUGGAACUCACCUGAGCACCUGGCCUGGCUGAACAGAGCCAUCCUCACCUUGCAGAUACCUGACUGGGAUCUGCCUGCACAACAUGCCUCCUGGCCUGGACUUUGUGCUCGGAUCUUCCAGUUCGUGGCUCAGAUUCCUUUCUCUCGCCACUCCCAUCCCCUUCUCGUGUCCAAAGUGGGACACCUCCUGAAGAGAGUUCACUCUGAGUGGAUGCGAGGGGCCAUGUCAGCCCAGGAGGAGGAGGAAGCUGGACCCGCUUUCCAGCAGGUGCCCUGGGAUGAGAUUGUUGCCCUGUGCAUUGACCACCGUCUGAAGGACUGGAAGCCCCCAGAAUCACCUGUAACUGAAGAUGCAAUUACGGAUGAUGGGGAGAUUUUAGUGUACUUUGUUAAAGAGGAUCUGAAGAAAUACGAGCCCCCUUCCAGCUGGCUUUGGGCUGUGAGAAAAACCCACAAGGACAAGCAGCAAGAGUCAUUUGGAUUUAAGUUAAGCCCAGCCAGAGUCAGCACCCCGCGGCUGCUGCACUCCAGGCAGAGGUUGUUUGACAGCCCUGUGGAAAAGCCAGGUCACGCCACUGUCGCCGACAUCACCCACACCCCUUCCUCUCGGGAGCUGCUGCCACACCGCCUCCUCAGCAGCCUGGAGGCCGAGAGGGCCCAGAGCCAGAGGUUCGAGGAGCAGCUGCAGCAGUGGCUGGAGGUGGAUCCCCUGGAUUCCUUUUCAAUGCCUCUCUUCAUGCCUUCAACACUCAUCUCAGUGCCUGAGAUCAUGGCAGCCUCCCAGAGGGCUUUUCCUGCUUCUGCUGCAGUUUCACUGAGCAUGGAAGCUGGGGUCCCUGGAGAGAAAUGGGACCGUUCCGGGCAGAGAGGCUGUCCAGUGUCAAUGGAGCAGCGUCUGCAGGAUCUGGACAGACAGAUCCGAGCCAGCAAAGAGGAGGAACUGGCCUGCGAGUUGCAGCUGAGCAGCCUGCUGGACAUUGUGGAGGACUGAGAGAACUGGCCAUGCCCCCCAUCCGCAGGGUCUGCACUACCUUUAGUCUAGCGAUUGUGCAGGACUGGGAGCCCCCCGCGUUUAAGGGCUUCCAAAACAAAAUCCCUUUCUGUUUCUAAGCGCCCGAUAAGUAAAUUACCGAAAAGACACUAAAGCACCCUGUGUCUAAAUCGAAUGUGAUCAUUGUCACCAAGUAUAGCCAAAAGCAUGUCAUACCUGCUCUUGAAUUGCCGAAUCUGUUUAAGUGACAUUUUAUGGUAAUUUAAAUCUGAAAAACUUGCUCUUACGGAAGUAUAAACAGAAUUGAAAAGACAUAAAUCAAUGUAAAAAUCUAAAUCUACACGGAGUGUUUAUUACAGAUCAGUGUGUUGUACCUUGAGAUUGAAACGUGGAAAGAUACUCUCUAAAAUGUAUAUACUGUACUUAUGUUGUCUCGUUUAAGAUAAAAAAUCACCUUGGGAUAUCUCCAUUUGAGGAACAGUUUGAAAUGCUAAUGAUAUUUUUAAUGUAUUUGAAAAAGAAUUGUAGAUAGCCAUUUUGGAAAACUGGGAGGUAAAUUCACAUACUAGCUGGCUGAAGUAUUUUUAUGUCUUAAAUAGUUACAAAUAAACAUGCUUUCUUAAGUAUUUUCUUUCUGUUAAUAGUUUAUUAUAGUAUGUUGUGUAGGAAUUUCGAAUUACUGUAAUAACUAAAUGUCAAAAAUCAUAUUAUGUUCUGCAUAUUCAGUAAUAAAGUGGAAACUUGUUGUUUUUUUA